GGGCUAGCGACAUGACAUGGGGUUUAAUGCUGGUAUGACUUAAUUGACUUGACUGACCCGGGGAGAGAGGGAGGGAAGAGCAACUAGACGACAGGAGGUCGAGGGCGGAGUAGGAUGGGCCGGUGGCAGCGGCCUUUUUUUGCGUUUUUGCCAUAUACCAUGUUCCUAUCCUACGGGACAUUCCUCAACUCAUCACCGUCUCCCACCUUUCCGCGACUGUCUGUUCUUUCCGAUCGAAAGAAGCUAUCCGCUGGGCCCGGACAAGAGGGGGCGGGAGUAGAAAGACUCGAGGCCGGUGAAGGGGCGGGGGGUGGGGGGGUGGGCACGAUCAGCAAGGCUGUCAACGAGGGCCGACGUUGGAGCCGACCUCCGCCGCCUCCGGCAGCGCCAGCGCCACCACCGUUUUCUCUGUCUGCAGGGCUGUUCGUCGUUAACCUCGAGGGGGGGGACUUGCUUCUUCUUCUUCGAGCUUCCAGGCAUAAUAUGGAGCCUCCGAGUGUUCAAAUACCUCUUUCCCCGGCCUUGGCCUAGUGAAUGGCCAUUAUUUUUCCUCCAUCACGGUCCUAUACGGCUUUUUUUUUUCAUUUUCUUUUUGCGUUUCGGGU